UAGCUGUCGCUUCCGAUCCCUCAAUUGUCUCAGUUUGUUGACGUUUGCUGGAGUACAGCGGUAGUAACGAGGGGGGUUAUCUGCCCGUUGUUUCAGGCUAGUCGUGUGAGAGCCAAUGAAGCUAGUCAGCUAGCUAGCUUAAAUGGGUUUUCGAAUUAAAAGAUGAUCGCCUCACUCUCUAGAGGAAGUUUGCUGGAUGAGGUUCUUCACGGGAGCUUUAACGAGCAGCAGCUGGCAGCGUAUGUUUCCUGGGUGAACUCUCAGCUGAGGAGGAAACCGGGCCUGAAGCCUAUCACAGACCUCAGGCAUGACCUGCAGGAUGGGGUGGUUCUCACACAACUCAUUGAAAUAGUUGCUGGGGAAGUCCUGGAGGGAGUAUAUAUGACUCCUCAAAACAAAGAGGAAAGCAGGAAGAAUGUGGAGCAAGUCUUGCAGUUCAUUUCCUCCAGACACAUACGCAUGCCACACAUAUCCUCAAGAGACAUUGUCGAUGGUAAUCUGAGAUCUGUAAUGAGGAUUAUUCUGGCGCUGGCUGCCCACUUCAAACCCUCAGCCAAUCACAGGGCUGCUACUGGAAGUGGGAGGAGCUUGUCAAGACCCUAUGCCACCCACAACCCUCUCUCCACCAUUGCCUUAGCACAAGGUGCUGCUGCUGCACUGGCGUCAGCACGAUUUGAUGCAUCACAGCCUACUCGUGUCACACGUAUCCACAGUGGCUGGGGGUUGGAUGUGGAACAGAGUGUGUGUGUUCGUGCACUGGUUGAGCAGUAUGAAAGAGGAGCUCCAGAUGAGCAGGACAAUCCUCAGCCUAGCUGCCUCAGCUCUGUCAGUCCACUGUCAUCUCCAAGGGCUCCAGCCAGCAGCAGCCACUCAGACAGACAGCAGGAAGACUGCCAACAACAGCAGAGCAGUGCUGAGUCAUCUCAUGCUGUAGUGGAGACGGCGUGGGAGGAUCCUCUCAGUGAAACUUUGGAAAAGGAGGUGCAGGAGACACGUAAAAUGGUGUCUGCCUUACAGGCCCUGCUGCUGCAUGGCUCACUGCCUGAGGAUGAGCAGGAUGUGUCUUUGACUUUGGACCAGUGCAACGCUGAACAGCAGCUGGUAGUCAUUCGCAGUCGUUUGGAUCAGAGUAUGGAGGAGGCUCAGGAGCUCAAGAGGGAACUAUUGCGCUGUAAGCAGGAGUUGAGAAACCUCCAGGGAGCCAAGGACGCCCAACAGCAGAGGCUAUGCACUCAGGAGGCUUCAAUACUGCAGAUGAAGCAAGAGCUUCUCAGAGCCAGCAUGACGAAGGAUGAACUCAACAACCAAAAUGCAGAGGUACAGUGGAAGCUGGAGGAAUGUAACAGACUGUGGGGCGAAUGCAAGAAAGAGACAGGACAGAAGGACAGACUACUGCAGCAACUGAAACACAAGCUGGAGGAAAGCCAAACACAGCAAAGUGAAUUGCAAAGAGAGUUGGAGCAUAAAAACAGCCUGCUGCAGGAGCUAAUGAGUAGUGAUUCGCAACAGAUUCCCACCAGCACAGAAAACAAUGGGUAUUCUUACUCUGGAAAUCCAGCUCCCUCUAUGUCAGGCGCAGAGGAGGUUCAGCUGCUCAGAGAUGCACUUAGGAGUCUGAGAAACAACUUCAGAGACCACGAUCCACAGCACCAUACACUGGACACCCUGGAGCAGGGAAUAGUAUCACUCAUCGACAGACUGCAUUCUCUGCAUACACACAGGGGAAGGGGGAAAUCUCCAAGACGCAAAGGUCAACACACAGACAAUGACUCCUGGCCUUGUACAAAGGUUUGUCAGUCCCACAGUGGUUCUUCUGCCUCUACUAAAAUCCUUUAUUUCACUGGAAAAUCCCCAACACCUUCCAUGAUCAAUAUACCGAAGAGGCUCGGUGAGGUAACUCUCAAGGACGUUAAGGCAGCUGUGGAUCGAGAGGGAAACUACAGGUACCACUUCAAGGCCCUGGACCCCGAGUUUGGCACUGUGAAAGAAGAGGUGUUCCUGGAUGGAGCAAUCGUUCCAGGCUGGGAAGGAAAAAUAGUGGCCUGGGUAGAAGAGGACCGUGGUGAUGAAAGGCCGUUGUAGGUUCAAGCUGAGGGGGUGAAACACUUACUGUUUUUGCCCUGGGUGACUCUGAUCCCAGAGGCACAUCAAGACAACUGUUCAGAAAAGAGGCACAACUGGACCAUUUUUGAGAUUCGACUUAUUAGAAAAGUAUUGUAAGACUUGUCAGCAAGAGAUUUAGUUUCAUCAGCUGGUAUUUAACUAUGCUGAGCCCAACUCACUGGAGAAAGUGUAAAUCUGUAAAUGAUAUCUAGAACAUUGUAAAACUCUGUGCCUUACAAAGGAAAGCUAUUUCAUCAUGUGCUUAUUAUUACCAUGCUGUAACUGUAGUAUCAAAACUGGACUCAUAAGUAGAAACAUUCUUAAGAAUUAACUAUUUCUAAAACCACAGUAGUGUUGUUGUUUUGAGUAUCACUUUUUAUUCCUUGUGUAGCAGUGUUGUCAUAAACACCAUCAGAUUACAUGUUAGAAAUAUUUAUUGUACAUUGUUCUUUACCCCAGUUUCAAUUCUGUUUUCAUUGUGAAUGUGAAGUGAAUAUACAGUAUUAUUUACCUUAGCAGGAAAUGGGGAAAAAAGUUGCCACUUUUGUAAUACAGAUAUUAUAAAGAAAGAAAAAGAAGGACAAAAUGUGUAAACACAAGGUUUGUCUAAAUUCUGACCUGCUGAAAAAUACACUGACCACAUAGCAGCUAGUAUUGCUCGUGUUAUGUUUUGUAUUAACAUUAAAUAACAGUAAAAAGUCUGGUCAUGGUCAUGUGAAAAUAUCUAAAAAAAAAAGUUCCAUUGCAAAAGGAGAAAUAAUGCCUGAAUGUAUUUCAUACUAAUCAAUUUCACUAAAUAGGACCCAAAUCCAGAUGUGGGUUUAAGUAUCAGUCUGUAGCACACCAGCAUAUAUGUAAACAGAACAGGCUCAUACUGAACUGCUGUCAGUGAAAAUAAUUUAUGCUGGAACAUUGAUGUUCAUGUAGAAAUGCAGAUGAACAGCACUGUUAUUUUGUUUUCUUUAUGAAAUUGUUUUGUACAUUUGUGUAAAAUAUUUUCACCAUAUCCUUAAAUAUUUGACUUUUAUGACUUUGAUUUGUUUCAAGAGAUUCUUGUGAGAUGAGAAUCCCUCUGCUCCUGUUACAAAGAUGCUAUGGAUGUGAAUUUGGCAUCAGAAGUUUAAAGGAGACUUUAGUCCAUGAACAAUGGACCAUCCCACUAUUUAUGGUGUGUGUGUGUGUGUGUGUGUGUGUGUGUGUGUGUCUGUGAGUGUGUGCGUGUGUCUGUGAGUGUGCGUGCAUGUUCUUGUGUGUGCUUCUAUCUUCCCAUCUGUGAUCAGUGUAUUUGCCUUCACUAACAAGUCAACUGAAAUAUGCAUCAGUCUACUUUUUAACUAAAACCCAUUUGAAUGCCAAGACUGCCUGUACUAUAAAAAGUACAAUUUGCUGAUGAGAUGGUUAUUUAGCAUUUGUUUGUUUGUUUACUGAUAUUUUUACAAAAAUAUGUAUGCUGUCUGUUAACGAAGCCCUUUGUUGAAUGUUAGAAAGACAUAUUUUGAAAUAAAACCUUAGUUUUGUUUUCAAAAA